UUUGUGAGAACUGAGAAAAGAGACGCCGGAGAGUGGAGGAAGGGCAGAGUGGCUACAAAUUUUCGUCGGUGGCUCGUUGCGACCGUCCUCUCGCUUCCUCCUUCUCAGUCCCCAUCGCGGCUUGGCCCCAGGUACCCUUGGCCGUCCCCGUUGCCGACGGCACCCUGUGGCUUGCAGUUCUGCUCGCCUCCCCGAGGGCAGCUGCGAUGCGCCUGAUCCAGAACAUGGGGACCAUCGCCGAGUACCCCCAGCCAGGGAACACCACCAGCGGAGAUAGCUGCGGCUCCGGCCGGCCCCGUCUCAUCAAGAUCGCCGUGGUAGGAGCCAGUGGUGUGGGCAAGACCGCCUUGGUGGUGAGAUUUCUCACAAAACGGUUCAUUGGAGACUAUGAACGCAAUGCAGGUAAUUUAUACAGCAGACAGAUUGAAAUUGAUGGAGAGCUGUUUGCAAUUCAAGUCCAAGAUACACCUGGCAUACAGGUCCAUGGACACAACCUUGAUUGUAAUGAGCAGCUCAACAGAUGUAUUCGCUGGGCUGAUGCAAUUGUGAUAGUCUUUUCGAUCACAGACUAUAAGAGCUAUGAACUACUCAGUCACUUCCACCAGCACAUACGGCAAUUACACCCAGGAAACAGAGUACCUGUGGUGGUUGUAGCAAACAAAGCAGACCUCCUCCAUAUUAAACAGGUGGAACCACAACGUGGACUCCAGUUGGCUGGCAUGCUGGGUUGCACUUUCUAUGAGGUGUCUGUUAGUGAGAACUACAAGGAGGUCUUCAAUGCUUUCCAUAGCCUGUGUAAAGAUGUAUGUAAGCAACAAACCACCAGCACCCCAGAGAAGAGGCGAAGCUCUCUCAUUCCAAGACCAAAGUCGCCCAACAUGCAGGAUCUAAAGAGAAGGUUUAAGCAAGCUUUAUCUGCCAAAGUGAGGACUGUCACAUCUGUCUGAAAGAUCAAAGCAAAUGGGAUAGUUUUUUCAUUCCCAGUGCAGAGUCCUGUAGUUCCAACUUGGAAUGUUAAUCACUUGCAUUACAGCAUCCAAAUGGGGACAAGAAGGAAAGAGUUCAGAUGUUGUUUGAAUAGUUGUGGACAUAAAUAAUUUUGUAAUGAAGGAACAACACUGAAGCUUGAAUUGGCUCCCAAAGAAGUGGUGGAGCAUGUACUUCCUUAUUGCAAACAUGAAUAUUUGAUUGACUAAAUGGAUUUCAUGUUCUGUGGUGGAAGUUAGGUCAUGCUGACAUUUGCAUUAUCCUGAUAUUCACCCAGUAAUGGAGGACAGGGAAGAAAUCCUCUGAAUGCAGUCUUACUGAUUAGAAUCAACUUGUGCAUUACAUCAAUUAGCUAUAUGCUGGUACUGGGUGCAAGGUUGGCUUCUUUUAUAGUCUUCACUGGAGCCUUAAGUUUUUUAACUCAUGGUUCAGAAGCACAUGUAUUUCAUUGAAUCAGUAAAAGAAACCAGUAUAAAAUGUGGGAGGCAUUAUUAAUUGACUGCAUUUCUGAUAGUGUGAUGAGGCAUUUUGUACCAUGGCUAUUCUUUAGUGUAAUUUUACAGCUGGAUAAACAUUUAUUCUCUUACUUCCUGUAAGACAUUUUUGUCAUGAUCACUCUUCAGAGACUGAUCAUUUGAUACAAUGCUGCAGCUUUUCAAAUAAGUCUUUUGGUUUGGAUUUCACCAAUUAUGAUUAUUUUAAGUUCCCACUUACUUGCUCUGAGCAUGGAUAAAACUUCCUGUUUCAAUCCAAUACAAUUAUUUGCCAUAGUCUAUGAAGCUAAUCCAUUUUAGCUGAGACAUAUCUCCAACUAGGGCAUGAGGGCAAUUCCACUGUUGUAACUGCAAACAACAGACUUAAUAUGUUUUAAAACACUGAAUUAUCAGAUGCGUUACACAGGGUCCAUAGGAUUUGGAUUUGAGGACUAUGAGCUCAUGCACUUUAAAAAAACCACAGUGCUUGUUCCUUAAGCUGUAACUUAUUUAUUUGUAUGUUGACAGCAACUCUUCAGAUGGCACACAACUUAUUCAUUUUGCUCCAGCAAUUAAAUCAAUGUUUUCUCAUGUGAUUGUUGUAUUUUUGUAUCCAGCUGCCUAGAAAAUGGGAGAGUGGUGGUAAGACUCAUGAGAGACAGUGAAACCACCUAAGGUCAUUAAGGGGCUAAAAGAUAUCUUAAAUCAUCAACCGGGUCUAGGACCGAUUAUAGGGAUUAGAGUCUCAGUUAUUUCAGUAACACAACACAAAAAGAUGAUUAGUGCUUGCCUUUUCCAACAGCCUCCCAUACAGAGACUUGUAGUGCAGCAGCUACAGUAGUUCCUGUGCCAGGGCACCUGUCCUCGUUCUUUGACCUGCUUAUUGGCACCAUUCUAUGGGUUGACUGUGAAGACUGUGUACUAGAAAUUCCGACCUUUAAAAAAAGGCUGUUGUAUAGUAAGGCUUUGUCAAAGUACUGGAGCGUCCUAGGGCCACAAACACCUCCCUUAUCAAGAAGAAGGCCCUCCUUUUGCUGAUGGGCCUGCUACUACUGCCUAAAUCUAUAUUCCUCAUCUUUUGAGAUUUAUUAAUAUUUCACUAGUGACAAUUAUAUCAUAAAUUCGGUAUAAGCAUAAUACAAACUUAUCUGUAAUAUGCAAUGCACAGUGAUCCUGUGAAUCAACCCCACUUUUAUGUCUUGAGUCUCAACCCAUGCUCCACUUAAGCCUUGGCUGUCUCCAUGACACAGCCAUCAUUAAUAGUAGACAGGAGCAGCCUCUCGAUGGAGGUCUAGCUUCCCACCAGCCUUUGGGGCAACCACUAGCAGGUAGAAAACUGUUCUAUGUGCCGAAUCCCAUCAAGGAGAUGCAAAGAAAAAAAAGAGUUCUGUCAUCUGCCUUAUUGCAUAAUUUCCAAAAACUGAAUCUAUUAAUACAGUGUGGCAGAAUUGUAAUGGUAACCAUGGAGACUGCUGCCUUUCUCCUUCCUAAGCAUGUCAAAACAAAUGCCUUUACAGAUCUGAUUUGUCACCUGUCCAUUAAAUAAAGCAUGUCAGCACAUCCAAUGCCUAUUGCCAUAAUACUAAAAAAGUAUUUUUCAUGUAAUAAAAUUUUGUCCAUGCUUCCAAGUAAUGGUUCACAAAAACACAUUUGACUGUAAUCCAGCUAACAGAAAAGAGCAAAUGUAGGUGAUCUUCAUGACGGCCAUGAAAUGAAACACCUUUAAUAAUGGGGCAAUCUGCAUUGACUAGAUUGGAGAAGGCCUAAGCUGGUGCUCUAUGUAACAUCAAGCAAAUCUGCUGGAAUGGGUUACCUAAAAGACAGUGUCUCACUAUAUUCUACCACUGUAAAACUCUACAAAGAAUCACUACUUUGCUGGAGCAAAAUCAAAUUUGCAAUUCAGAAAGGAAAGAAAAUGUCAUCAUCUCAGCUUGAUUUCUCAGGCACUCUUUUCUAAUCUUAAACUAUUCUACCACUGUUUUCCAGAAAAUUGACUGUAAGAAAAAAAUGAGCUAUAUCCUUACCAUUAAACUUGUUAUAAAUUAUAAUCUGCUCCUUAUAUAAAAAAAAGACACAAAGUAAACAUUUAUAUUGCAUCCA